AUGUCUGGAUUUGCUUCAUUAUUUAAAGAUAACAAGUCACAGGAAGAUAGUUCUAUAAAACAAUUAUUUAAUAGUAAAGCAGAUGGUCCAAUUUCAAAAGAUCAAUUAAUUAAUAAAAAAAGAACAAUUAUAAAUAUACCAGAAUCUACUGAAACUAAUAAAAAACAAAAAUUAGGUAUACCGCAAGAUGAAGAGAAUGAAAGUAGUGGAGAUGAUGAUGAUGAAGACAGCGACGAAGAAGAAAUAGAGGAGGGAGAAAUAGAGGAGGGAGAAAUUGAGGACGCGAUCGAUGCCAAAAAAUCAAAAAAAUCAAAAAAAUCAAAGGAAUUAGAAGAUAAUAAUGAUUUAGAGACUCAGUAUUUUAAUAAAAUAUUACAAAAUGAUCAAGAAGAAACGAAAACAGAAUCAGCAGAAACACAAGAGAAAAAAGAAAAAAAGUCCACAAAGUCUAAAGUUAUAGAUUUUAAAGAAUCCGAACUUGAAAAAUCAGAACGUACAAUUUUCAUAGGUAAUGUACCAUCAUCAGUAAUAACCUCAAAAUCAUUAUUAUCAAAAUUUAAAAGUUUAUUUAAACAGUUUGGAAAAGUUGAAUCUAUCAGAUUUAGAUCAAUUUCAUUUAAUGAAAUCUUACCUAGAAAAAUUGCAUUUGCAAAAAAAUCAUUACAUGAAUCAAGAGAUUCUAUAAAUUCAUAUAUAGUAUUUUCAGAAAAAUCAUCAUCAAUAAAUGCCAUGAAAUUAAAUGCUACAAUUUUUGAAAAUCAUCAUUUAAGAGUUGAUCAUAUUGCUCAUCCAUCUCCAAAAGAUAAUAAACGUACAAUUUUCGUUGGUAAUUUAUCAUUUGAUGCAAAUGAAGAAGAUUUAUGGAAAUAUUUUAAUUUUAAAAUGGAUAACGAUGUUGAAUCAGUUAGAAUCAUACGUGAUUCAAAAACAAAUUUAGGUAAAGGAUUUGCAUUAAUACAAUUUAAAGAUUCAUUGAGUGUAAAUAAAGCAUUAAUGUUGAAUGAUAAACCAAUGGAUAAUGAAGAUAAAAAGAAGCAAAGAAAAUUAAGAAUAACUAGAGCAAAAUCAAAUGCAAAACCCUCAUUAUUAUCUCCAAAUCAUUUUGAAAAUUUAAAAAAGAAACAUGUACAAAAUAAACAACAACAACAACAACAACAACAACAACAACAACAACAACAACAAUUAAACGAUAAACAAAGAACUAAACUAGGUAGAGCUCAACUGAUAUUAGGUAAAGCUGAUAGAUCAAGAGCUGGUAAAAUUAAAAAAGGUGAUAAGCCAAUAUUAGAAGGUGAUAGAGCUAAAAAGGGUGAUAAAAUUAAAGGUAUAAAAGGUUUAAAAACAAGUGGUAAAGUUAAAAAACCAAGAAUAAGAGACAGAUCAACUAAAUUUAAAAAUGAAAGAAAUUCAAUGAAGGAAGAAUUGGAAAAGAAGGAUAAAAAAUAG